GACAGGUGCAGGGAGAAUUCUGCAGUUCUUGGACUCCUGAUUCAUUCACUUCCACUAAUUGUGCUGAAGGUAGUUAGCAAAAGUGAACAGGCACACUGUAGCUUUAAAAAGUCAGCCAUGAACCAGAAGGCAGUUGGUGCAGCUUGUGUGUGAUUCCUAACGUCAUGUUGGCUGAGAGCCAGCCUGGUUUUAUUUCACUGUGUCAAAUUGUACCUCCUUAUUGAAUUCCUUUGCCAGCCUACUUUGUGAAAGAAAACAUUGGGGUUUCUUUGGCUGCUCUUGAUAAGCCUAUAAAAAAUGACAUGUUUUAGUUGCUUCUAGAUGCUUAGAAAAUGGUGAAUGUGUAACAGUUUCCAACUGAAGUGAAAUCAUUCUUUUGGCAUGGAGCAGCAGCACUAUCUUCUGUCUACUCUGUAACGGUGUGUGAAUUUGCUGAAGUAAAGGAACCCUGCAGCCUUCCCAUGCUAUCUGUUGACAUGGAAAACAAGGAAAAUGGCUCUGUCGGUGUAAAAAAUUCCAUGGAGAAUGGGAGGCCGCCAGAUCCUGCAGACUGGGCCGUGAUGGAUGUCGUCAACUAUUUCCGAACAGCAGGAUUUGAGGAGCAAGCUAGUGCUUUUCAGGAGCAGGAAAUUGAUGGAAAAUCCCUGCUAUUGAUGACAAGAAAUGAUGUGUUGACGGGACUUCAGUUAAAACUGGGGCCUGCUCUGAAAAUCUACGAGUAUCAUGUAAAACCUCUGCAGACAAAGCAUCUAAAGAACAACUCUUCAUAGUACAGUCAAAUUGGGGUCUUAGACCUCAAAAAAUACAUAAUGAUAUAAUUUAGUUUCAUGUGAUGAAACUUUGUAAACAGAAUACAUACAUGUGUAUAUGUAAAGAAUUUCAGUCAAAUGAAACGUUAUCCUAUGGGAUAGACUAGGCAAUCCAUCGGCUGACCUGAACUCAGCCAGGAGGAGCAAGGAUGACUUGUGGACAGCAUGGUUUUCCUGGUGGAGCCUGUCAAACAGAGUUAUCUUUGACAUGGUUGGACACCCCUCCCCACCAAAGGGGUUUUCUUCAGAUUGCUUUCCCAAAAUCCUUGAAAAAGUGUUGAAUGGAAUGAUCUUCUGGUUACAGAUGUAGAGAUGAAAGACCAGAAAACUUAGGGGAGGGGAGAAAAGAGAGAGUUGCUGUCUCCCUUGAAUCCCUCUGCUCCUUAGAGUUUGUGUUAUUUGGAUGGAAUUGCCGACACCCUCUUUUAUAGAGGGUCUUUCACUUGACCUUAUUAAGGUUUCACUGGGAUGUACCGUGAUGUUUGAGAGGAACGUGCAUCAUGGCCCCUGCAGGAGCAGAACCUCUGAAAAGAGAAACUCUGUUUUGUCUUGGGGAUCGCCAUCCAUAUUUAGCUUUUUUCACAGGGGAUAAUGAUAUUUUCUGCAUAGAUUUACUUUCAAAUUGGUUCUUUGUUUCCGAAGAAGAAAGGAUUUUUUCACUUUAUGGUUUGUAUUUAUACUGAUUUGUUUCUGAAGGAAUUUGCCGAGAGUUAUAGAUCAAAAAGCCUUGUUACUAGUACAGAAUAUUUUUAUAUAUAUUCCUUCAUGAUGGUGUAAUAUUUUUUUAAUUGCUCUGAUGCUUUAUUUGAUUCUUGGUUUGAGUACUUGUUUUUAAGAACUUGAAAAAAGUGAGCUUGCUACAUCUCUGUUCAAAGAGACAUUUGUUCAAAUCUCUGUGUGUCAAUGCCUUGUUGAAUUGGUGCUUUGUGGUUGCAAUAAAGCAUUGCUUCAGUUUA